AUGCUGAUUCUCCUGGCCUUCAUUAUCGUGUUUCACAUAACCUCAGCAGCACUGCUGUUCAUCUCAACUAUCGACAAUGCCUGGUGGGUGGGAGAUGACUUUUCUACAGAUGUCUGGAGAAUGUGUGACACGAAUACGAGCACCUGUAUGGCUAUCACUGAUGAGUUCAAUGAGUAUCAAUCAAUUCAGGCUGUUCAGGCCGCCAUGAUCCUGUCUACAAUUUUCUGCUGUGUGGCAUUUCUGGUUUUCAUUCUUCAACUCUUCCGUCUAAAGCAAGGAGAAAGAUUUGUGUUAACCUCUAUUAUCCAGCUCCUGUCAUGUCUGUGUGUUAUGAUUGCAGCUUCCAUUUACACAGACAGGCAUGAAGACCUGCACCAGAGCCAUGGAUAUAGAAUGGAAGUUUCCAAAGGCCAAUAUGGCUAUUCCUUUGUCUUAGCCUGGAUUGCAUUUGCCUUCACCCUGAUCAGUGGAGUGAUGUACUUAGUAUUAAGGAAGCGUAAAUAA